UAUGGAAAGCAUUGCGACAGUUUUUCCUGUUGGUUUUGCACGUCUGCAAAAGGCAUGAAAAAGGCGCCUAUAGACCUUUAAAAACAGAGAAUCUCCUUAUUCGGUUUACUUUUGGUCUCCAGUUCUGCGACGCCAUGGGGCAUCUACGGUUGGAAAAGAACGAACAAACGAGCCAAAAGAUUACAAAUAAGUGGGGAAAACGUAACGUUAACUCGUCUAAACUAAAAAUGCCAAUGUAACGUUGCCGCUCCGCCUCUCACAUAAGGAAGGAAAAACUCCGGGCCUGUUUUAGCACAAGCGGCUUUAACUUAUUUCCCCCUUUCUUUUAAUUUCUAAACUUUUGUUUAUCUCCCUAUAGUAAAAGCUUUUAUAUGCAUGCAGUUUAAGGAGUCUUCAGUUCUAAGCUUUUGUUUAAAUGCUUCUUCAGUAUUAUUGAAAGAGAGAAGCAGAGGCGACUUUUUUUUAAAAGGCAAAGACUAUUCAAACCAAUCCUUCCUUUAUCUUUCAAGGGAAAAUUUUACAAACCUUGAUAAAAUAUUAGUGCUAACAGUACCCUUAAUACGCCUCUGGGAGAGAGAUUCUAUAAUUGUCUUGUAGAAAUUAUAUAUUUCAUGUGUGUUCUUUGCUCUAAAAAAGCAAAUUAUAGACGCCUCAGAUCAGUUUCUACAAUUAUGCAAAUUUUUCAAUGCAAAUGAAUGUGAACUUGCAUAUAUUUAUUAUGCAGCAUUAUUAUAUCUACUCCAGAACAAAGCAUAUUGCUUCUAUUCACUGCCUCAAAGAUUUACAAUAAUUACUGGAUACACUUUCUGCAGAAAGACAAAAUUUCUUAGCUAUAUUCCAUAUGUGAAAUCUUAUUCCAUCCUAUUUUAUAUUUUCAUAUAAUAAAGAGCACUGAUGACAAUUAAAAGUAGAUGUGUAUCCAUUUUUCUUUUGGUAUAAUGUGACCUUAUUCACUGUGUUGCUGUUUCCAAGGUCUCCUACUACAGGUAGUCCUGGACUUACAACCAUUUCAUUUAGUGACCAUUCAGAGUUACAAUGGCACUGAAAAAAGUGAUUUAAGAUCAUUUUUAACACCACCUUUGCAGCAUCCCCAUGGUCAUGUGAUCCAAAUUCAGUUGCUUGGCAACUGACUCAUAUUUAUGACAGUUUCAAUGCCCUCAGGACAUGUGAUCACCUUUUGCGAAGUAACAAAUAAAGUCAAGGGGGGGAGCCAGUUUCACUUAACAACCGUGUUACUAACUUAAGAACUUAAGUGAUUCACUUAUCAAAUGUGCCAAGAAAGGUGGGGCAAAACUCACCUAACAACUGGUUCGCUUAGAACAGAAAUGUUAGGCUAAAUUGUCAUAAAUCGAGGACUACCUAUCAAAACUCCAAUCCUCUACAGCAGGGCUGUCAAACUUGCAUCGUCACAGCGUCGUUACGUGAUGUAUUGGGACCUUUUUCCCGUUCGAUAAAUUGGCUGGGGGCAGAGCCAGCAUGUGAUGCAUCCCGCCUGUGGGUCGCGAGUUUGACACCCCUGCUCUACAGCCAGCAAAAUCCAUAUCAUUUUUGUUACAGAUUAAUGGAAAUAUAAUGUAGAACAGUAGUUCCCAGUUUGUGGCUGGUAGUCUACUAGGGCUGGUAAAUACCUUCAAAUUAAAUUAAAUUUUAAAUUAUUGCAAUCUCACAGGCUUGUCCUCCUAAUAUUCUAGAGGUUUGGCAGUCUCAAAAGCUUUGGGCCUUAAAAGAAAUAAUUUGUAUUUAAUGUUGAGUCCUAUGGAUCUUGCCUGGAGAGGGACUCAUGUGCCGUUGUACCCACACACUCAGUGUUGCUAAAUCUUGGUUUAUAUGGGCUUCCAAUGUUUUUGAUGGGGAUGUGAUCAGCCACAUACAUCAGGAAGACUGGGAACUGCUUCCUAGCACAUAUGCCAAGAAGAACAUGCUUCUGAACUGUAUUUUUUCAUUUAGCAGGUGCAUUAAUUCUAAGGAAUCCCUGAUUAAGGAAGCUACAGUAAUACAAGAUCAAGGAUCGACUCAGGUUUGAUGGCACUUCUUCCCCUACCAGUGACGACAAUGGAGAAGAACAAGGAUUUCUAGGGAAAAUACAAGUGGACCAGUUAUUGGGCAUGUUAAGGAUUCCUGAGCCCCCAAACAUGAAGAUUUUGUAUGCCUGAUUGUAAGGCAUGAAAAGAAUUAAGAAGAAAAGAUUUUGGGCAUCUUGCUUCUGCUUUAUGGCUUUCUUUUUUCUCCUGAUCACUUUCCAGGUGGUUGUGGAACUGGGCAAGUCUGAACAGUUGACCUCAAAAAACUCAGUUUUACAAAACAAUGCUUUCCGAGAAGAUGAGUUCCAGAAAUACCCUCCUCUGUUUUUCAAAAAGCCAAAACUUGACCACAGUGCAGGAAAAAAAUUGCACAGAGGCACAUAUCCCAUUUUGCUCUGGUGGUCUCCACUCACGGGAGAAUCUGGACGGCAGGCUCAGUGUGGGGAGAAUGUUUGCUUCUUUACCAUCAACAGGACUUACCAACACAAUCCUAUGACUAAAGCCUUUCUUUUUUACGGUACUGAUUUCAGCAUACACAGCUUACCUCUGCCCCGUGCAGACUACCAUGACUGGGCUCUUUUUCACGAGGAGUCCCCCAAAAACAACUACAAGAUUUUCCAACCUCCUGCCAUCACUUUGUUCAACCACACAGCCACUUUCAGCCGCCACUCACACCUACCGCUUACCACCCAGUACCUUGAAAGUAUUGAGGCCUUGAGGUCCCUGAAGUACACAGUUUCUUUGCAAAAAAAGAACAGCUUGCGGAAGAGACUUGCGCCUCUGGUCUAUGUACAAUCUGAUUGUGAUCCUCCCUCUGACAGAGACAACUACGUAAAGGAGCUGAUGGCUCACAUUGAAGUUGAUUCCUACGGGGCUUGUUUGCAUAAUAGAGACCUUCCAGACCAUCUCCGAAAUCCAUCCUCCAUGGACAGCGAUAGUUUUUACAAAAUACUCGCUCAGUAUAAAUUCGUCCUAGCUUUUGAGAAUUCCGUCUGUGAGGAUUAUAUCACAGAAAAACUCUGGAGGCCGCUCAAGCUGGGAGUUGUGCCUGUUUAUUAUGGCUCUCCCAAAAUUCAAGACUGGCUUCCAAGCAAUAAGAGUGCCAUUCUCGUCACAGAUUUUCCACACCCGAAGGACUUGGCUCAGCACAUCAAAGCUUUGGAUGUGGAUGACAAGGAAUAUGUGGCCUACCUUGAAUGGAAGUUGAAAGGUGACAUUUCCAACAGGCAACUGCUUGCUGUUAUCAAAGAACGCACAUGGGGAGUGCAGGAUAUCAUGAAAGACAACUACAUAGAUGCCUUUGAGUGCAUGGUGUGCACCAGGGUAUGGGAAAAUAUCUGGAGACAAGCAAAGUAUUUCAGGAACCAAAAUAAACAGAAGAGGAGACACAAGGAACCAGCGCUAUUGAAAGACAUUUUCCCUGGUCAUGUGGCCAGCAUGGCUAUAUGCCAAAGGUGCAUGGAAUGCUGUUAACCUUCCCACCGAAAUGGGAAUGCCACCAAGAAGAUGGAAGGCAGAAGCAAACCAUCUGAGCUGCCCCAGUCCUCAAGCAUUUGCCUUUUCUCCUCUCAGCGUGCAAAGAACUGUUCUCCAGGACGUGUGGAGAUCAAGCUUUGAACAGUCUAA